UUAGCAUUACAUUCAGUACGCUGCUGCUUCUCAGCGUACAGAGCAGCAUCCAGGGGACCAGCUUGGCUAUCAAAUUUAUGUAAUUUCUUUCAUACGAUAGUGUAUUCGCUGUUAGUGGGUUCUGCCACAGUGACACCUCUAUCGGAUUUUUCACUAGGACCACGUUAAGAAGCCCGAGAAGAACCGAGGACGUGUGAGAUUUGAGAGUUUUGACAAACAAUCCCGUUAGACUCUGCUUGUUAGCUUUUUGUAAAGAGGGUGGUUUUCUACGGUCCAAGGAAACAUGGCCUUUCUUUUUCCAAGCCGUGCAGCCAAGACGUUCAAGCCCAAGAAGAACAUCCCGGAGGGUUCUCAUCAGUACGAGCUGUUGAAACAUGCAGAGGCUACACUAGGAAGUGGAAACCUGCGCAUGGCAGUCAUGUUGCCCGAGGGUGAAGACUUAAAUGAGUGGGUCGCAGUCAACACUGUGGAUUUCUUCAACCAGAUCAACAUGCUGUAUGGCACCAUCACAGAUUUUUGCACAGAGGAAAGCUGUCCAGUCAUGUCUGCUGGUCCUAAGUAUGAGUACCAUUGGGCAGAUGGGACCAACAUCAAGAAGCCCAUCAAAUGCUCUGCUCCCAAGUACAUUGAUUACCUCAUGACCUGGGUGCAGGACCAGCUUGAUGAUGAGACACUUUUCCCUUCAAAGAUCGGUGUCCCCUUCAAGCGAAACUUUAUGUCAGUGGCGAAGACCAUUCUGAAGCGCCUGUUCAGAGUCUACGCUCACAUCUACCACCAGCACUUUGAUUCUGUCAUGCAGCUGCAAGAGGAGGCUCACCUCAACACGUCGUUCAAACACUUCAUCUUUUUUGUUCAGGAGUUCAACCUCAUUGACAGGAAAGAGUUGGUGCCACUUCAGGAGCUGAUUGAAAAACUGACAACCAAGGAUAGAUAAACAGCCAUAUAAUCCUUAUUUUAUUGGUCUUCUAGUUUUUGCACAGAUACCCACCCCACCCUGGCUGUAUGUAUGCAGUAUAUACUAUAUUUCCAUUUGGGGAAAUGUUUUUAAUAAGGCCAGGAAGAAGGAAGGGUCUUAAUAGGUUUAAGGCACCAGGACUAAUGCUAUCAGGGAUUACACACGUAAUUGAACAAACCACAGAUUAACAUAUUGGAGAAAAUGGUUUUAGCUGAAUGGAAAGAUCCCCAGUGUUCAGUCAUGGCUUACAUUUAGGAUAAUAUAGAUAGAUGUUAAUUAGUUUUCUAUUAUACUGCACAGAUUUUUUUUUUCCACUUGGAUUUAUGGCAACACGAGGCUCUUAGAUUCCCAUUUCUAACUCACCUGCAGGGAAGAAUACAUUGCUGUAUGAUAAUAGGAAGGCUUUGUUGGUAUUAUGGCGAGAUUUUAAGCCAGCCUUUAAAGCCAAUUUCACCGCAGUAGCUAGUUAUUUUACUCAUUUAUCUACAUAGGAGGAUCUGGGUUGCGGUUUGCUACUUUUCACAUCUUUAAGAGCCCACAUCUGUCAAUACAAAAGAAUCCUAAGUGCCUAGCAUGGCUCAUAAUCGCCCUAUAUCAACAGAGAGCUGAAAGAAGAUAAAGGCCAUAUACCACUGACUUGAUUGACACAGCAUUAAAUUUACAACGCCACCUCCCCUUUAAGUUUCUUUGCUUUUUAAUUCCCUCUUACACUUCUUUUCUAUUUGUACUGUAACUUGGUUAAAACAUUAUUUUCUGUUACCUAAACCCCGCACCAAUCUUGUCCUUAUUUAGUUAGUAAGUCUCUUUACCAAGUGUUCUGUGCAGGUUAUGAUAAAUGAAUGUGUUGAGGGACAUAGAAGUGAGGCUAGAAUAUUGUCAUGUUGUAGCAGGGACUGAAAAUUUAACUUUUAGCUUUUCCUAGUGACAUGUUCCUGUAUAUUAGUUUAACCCCCCUUAAAACUUGAAGUAGAAAUUUUAGGAAAAGUCUUCAAGGGAUCUAAAACCUUAAAUUGUAUAUAAAUGUCCUCAAAUAGAAGUAGAGACCUGUGUUUAAAGCUACAUCCUCCACUGUUAAAAAACUACAGGCAUUUUGAAUUGGAUUAUACUGCAUCCCUUGUUAUCUCACUAGCCAUAAAGCACUUUGAACAAUUUUCCUGACCUCUUUUGCCUGAAUGUUUAUUCUGCAUAGACUGUGCUUUGUGAGAAGCUGUAUCAUGUGACUGAUCAUAGUUUAUUUCCUCCCUUCUAUUUUCCCAAAUGAAUGUUGAAUUGCUUAACCCUCCUCUGAAAUUGGCUCUUGGGCACAAGUGAGAUUUCUUAUGCUUUUGUAUGGUCUGAGUUGUUUGUUGCUGUGCUUCAAACAGCAGAUGCAUGAACCCCUCCCUAAUCUCAAAGUGUAGUUUACUAUGCAAUGAUUGACACAACACUAAAAGGGUUACCAGUUGGCUCAUCCAUACAUUAUCUGAUAUUCAUUUUCCUUUCUAUUGAUUAAAUUCUGGUGUAUGAUAGAAACAGAAUUCUCUUUCAGGUCUAGUUUCAAAAACAGUGAGAUGAACAUUUUAUAUAUCUUUAUAUAUAAUUUGUCAGAGAGGUGUAAUACUUCAAUGCACACAUGUAAAUACUGAGGGUUAAACCUUACUUAAAGAUAACGCGAGCAUGGAGUGGUAGCUUUUGGUUUCAAGAAUGCAUCAAGUCUUUUUAGAGGCUGCUUCCCUUUUCCCCUCAUUUGGAUAUUAAAAUCUUGUUUGUUUUUAACCGUUGAGUAUCUUUUUUCCAUCUCCUUAGCUAACUAUUAUGAAUGUUACUGCUCACCAGAUAAUCUAAAAAUGUAAUAGAAAAUCAGUCAUCCUGAAAGCAUCUCAUCUUUAUGAAACGCCCAUAACAUAGCCUAUUGCCUACAGUUUUUUUCCUCCUGGACUGUAAUAAUUGAUGACAUGUUUGUAAAUAAUGGCUUGGUAGGGGUUUUCAAUGCUACUGAAUUGAUUUAUGCUGUUUACAAGACAAAUAAAGGUGGUCUUGACUCUUUGAA